UACACCAUGUCUGGACGCGGCAAGGGCGGGAAGGGCCUCGGGAAAGGCGGCGCCAAGCGGCACCGCAAGGUCCUCCGCGACAACAUCCAGGGCAUCACCAAGCCCGCCAUCCGCCGCCUGGCCCGGCGCGGCGGCGUCAAGCGCAUCUCGGGGCUCAUCUACGAGGAGACCCGCGGGGUGCUCAAGGUCUUCCUGGAGAACGUCAUCCGCGACGCCGUCACCUACACCGAGCACGCCAAGCGCAAGACCGUCACGGCCAUGGACGUGGUCUACGCGCUCAAGCGCCAGGGCCGCACCCUCUACGGCUUCGGCGGCUAAGCUCUCCUCCCCUCACCCACUCCCAAAGGCCCUUUUCAGGGCCGCCCACUGCCUCUUUGAAAUUGCUGUACUGCUGUAUCUGGUCAAUUCUGUCAAUCAGUGAGACAG